GUGUAUAAAAGUCACGGCUCGCCACUGGUGAGGACUGUGUGCAGUUUAAUCCUCAGAGGACUCCAGCAUGAUGAAGCAGCUUUCUCUUCUUCCUCUUCUUCUUCUCUUCAGUCUCCUGACUGGAAACUCGUCUGCCUGCACAAACGCUGACAGCAAAGUGAUCUCCACAGAAGGGACAGAUGUUAUUUUACCCUGCUCCCCCAGCACCAGAGAAAACCUCCAAUAUAAACUGUUUGACUGGAAGAAGGUCGGUCAGGGAGGAGAAACUCAGCACGAAGUCUUCCUGUACGCUUCUGGUGUUCAAUAUGAUGGUAUUAAAGCAGGUCAGAGUGAGCAGUUUAAAGGACGAGUCUCACAUUUUGAAGAUGAACUGAAGCACGGAAACGCCUCCAUCAUCAUCAAGAAGACGAAGGUGAUCGACAGUGGAAAUUACACCUGCGAUUUUCCACGUCUACAGCCUAGUGAAAAAUUCUGCAUUGAGCUCAUUGUUGAUCCUAUCUUAACCUCUUGAGGCUUAUCACAGUUAUGCACAUGUAUGCCUCUUUAUAUGCUCCAAUGUGAACCUCUUAUUAUUUCCAAGGUCUUGAGGUACUGAAAUAUAUCCAUUGCCUCAUUGUUAAUUAAUCCCUAAGCUUUCAUGCAGUGUGUUCGUCUUCCUUGUAGCACUAACACAGGUUGUGCAUGGAGGGAAUUCAUGGAAAAAAUAAAUCAUUUGUUGUGAUUAUCAUUUUAUUUCGUAUUUUAAAUACAGUAAAUCAGUCAUAAUAAGAGCCAUCAGGCUGAUAUUUACAGGAUAUCUACCUUAACUUGUGUUUAAUGUCUGUUCAAAGUUUUAAGUUGAUUGACAUAAGUGGCUCUGAGAUAUUUUAGAAAGUGCAAUACAGAUCACCUCCAGCAGAGGACUCUAUAGCUCUACUAAACUUAUUUAAAGUUACCAAACAAUAAUAACAAAUCUCUUUUUAAUUAUA